CCGACGCGUAAAACAGCCUCUUGUCCAUCCAGACUCUUAUUUUAGAUAUAAGAAAAAUAGAGAACUCCAAGAAGAUACAAGAUAGCCGCUACACUAUCUAUUGUUUUUUCAUGUUAUCUUCUUUCAGUAUCAGAGAAAGAACCCCAACAAUUCAACAACUCAAAUUGCUUCAUGAUGGUGGGUAGGAAAAAAAUCCUGUUUAACAGUGACUCAAAUAGUGGAAUUAUCUUGGACCGCUGAUGUGCCAAGUGAAGUAAAAGGUCUCCUUGGCUCAUGUGUGGUGAUCCCCUGCUCUUAUAACUACCCAGAUCCACAAGGGAAGGCCAAAAGCUUCACAGGGAUUUGGAUGACCACUGAGGGGGAUCGAGUCAUCUAUCAUCCAACUGAGUCGAAAAUUGUCAAGCAGUAUCAGAGUCGAACAAAACUUCUUGGAGACGCCAGCAAGAACUGCUCUCUGAGGAUUGAAAAGCUUCAACAAGAUGACAGAGGACCUUUUUAUUUCAGGAUUGAAAUUGAAGGUUACAACAGAGCUUCUUACAGAAAUAACAAAGUCUCCAUUUCAGUGAUGGGUGAACCAAAUCCUAUUGAUUUCUCUGUGCAAGAGGAGGUAAAGGAGGGUGAAAAUGUGUCUGCAUCCUGCUCUGUGUCUCACUCCUGCCCCACAUAUCCACCUGAUUUCCACUGGAGUCACCCUGGAGAGCAGCAUUUUCAAGCACAGAAGCUCCAAAAUGGCCAGUGGAAAGCAACAUCUACUUUGACCUUUCACUCAAACCGCACUGAUCACAAUAAAUCUUUACAAUGCAGGGUAACAUACCAGGGAGAAAAGCACCAAGAAACAUCCAAGACCAUUCAAGUAAAAUAUGCUCCAGUGAAUGUGAAGGUGGAGUACCAGUCAGAUGUGAAUGAGGGAGAAACUGUUCACCUGAAGUGCUCCAGUGAUGCUAAUCCUGUCAGCAGCUACGAGUGGCACAGUGAAACUGAUGCUCUGCUGAAUAAGGGACAAACCUACACAAUGUUAAAUGUUUCCAGACACUCAGUAGAGGCCGUGUACUGCACUGCUGUCAAUGAAGAAGGACGAGUCAAAUCAAGCACCGUGAAGCUCAAUGUGUUAUAUGCCCCUGACAUUAAAACUUCCUCUAAGUGCUUCUCAGAGAGGGGCAUAGUAAUGUGUGAGUGCAUUGUGGAGUCUAGGCCUCCCAGCGUGCUCCAUUUUGUUCUUGGUGACAGAGUUGUGCAAAACAGCAAAGUGCAGACAGUUGGCUCUGUUACUACUGGCACUCUGCAGACAGACUUUGGGUCCUUUAAGUUUGUUCACUGUCUGGCAAACAACACGCUGGGAAAUGCAAACCUCAUGCUUUCUUUACCUGUUUAUGACUACAUGCAGAACAUUUUUCUAGCCUCUGGAGCAGGUGUGAUUUUGCUAAUUAUUUUGAUAGCCACUGGAGUGGGAGUUGUUACAAAAUGCAGGGGGCAGUCAGGAGGCACACCAACAUCUGACUUGUGCACCAUGAAAACAGACAGACCUGUGGAGGUUCCUCAUUAUACCUCAACAAAAAGAGAACUGAAAAAGAACUAUGAGGAUGUCUACGGCAAUGACAUUUUCACCAGUGAUCAUAUAUAUGGCAACGUAGAGACUGACUGCGACGAGACCACAUAUGCCAAUGUCUAAGAGCUAUGGAAAACCGGCUACAGUGCAUGUUUAUUUGCUCUGAGUCAAAGAUAUAUUUAGCUACUUCUUCAUCACAAAGGGUCACCACAGCGUGUAGCUUGGCACAUUUGAUUUGGUGGAUUUUUAUGCCGUGUCCUUCCUGAUGCAAACCUAAAGGGAAUUUGUACUUCCAGGGAAUUGAACAAGUGAUCUUUUCUCUAAAUGAAUACUUUUAUUCCUACAAUAGGAUUCAAGAAAAACCAACCAACCAACCAAAAAAAAAAAUCCUUUCACAAUUUUCAUUGUACAUCAUAUAGAGUGGUGUGAAAAAGGUGUUUGCUGAUUUCCAGUUUUUUUGUAUGUUUUUCACAGUUAAAUGUUUCAUAUCGUCCGUGUUGGGGAGGCAUGUAUUCUGUAAUCUGUAGUGGAAUACAUUUUAAAAGUAACCUUCCCAACACUGCAUAUCAUCAAACAUAUUUAUAUGUUGGACUAAGAUAACACAAAUAAACUUCAGUCUCACAUUAAUUACAUAACCCGGUUUGCAUACCUUCACUUGUGUAACAUUAACCGACUUCAUCCCUUCCUUACUCCCCAUGCUGCUGCCAUCUUUGUCCAAAGUUUUAUUACUUCCCGGAUCAAUUAUUGCAACUCCCUCCUAUUUGGUCUCCCCAAUAAGUCCCUCCAUAAAUUUCAACUUCUUCAGAAUUCUGCAGCUCUGGUCAUAACUCGUACUCCCUUAAGAGACCAUAUCACCCCAAUUCUUCAACAGCUUCACUGGUUGCCCAUAGAAGCCAGGAUAAACUUUAAAAUCUUAGUUCUCACAUUUAAGUGUAUUCAUAACCUUGCCCCUCCUUAUCUCUGUGAUCUGCUGCAUAUCACCACUGUUUCCCGCUCUCUCAGAUCUUCAUCUGCCACUCAUCUUGUUGUUCCUUCUGCUCGCCUUAUCACUAUGGGGCACAGAGCUUUCAGUCGCUCUGUUUCUCGGCUCUGGAACUCACUUCUUUCAGCCUUAAGAAAUAUAGGUUCCCUUCCCUUAUUUAAGUCACAACUCAAAACCUACUUGUUUAGACUGGCUUACUCGCUUUAAUACAGAUUUUACUUGCUGUCAAAUGUUUUGUUUUUUUUUUUUAAUUUGUUGUUUGUGGUUGUAUUUUGCUGGUUUCUGUAUUUUAAUUUAUUGGAAUCUAUUUUAAUCUACUGUUUUAUUGAUGUCUUUUCUCUUUGUAAGGUGACCCUGGGUCUUAGAAAGGCGCCCUCAAAUAAAAUGUAUUAUUUUUAUUAUUAUUAUUAUUAUUAUUAUUAUUAUAAAUGCAGUGUUUAUUAUUGGUGGAAUAGAAGAUCAAAACUACACAAAGAUCGCAAACCUGUGUGAAAAAGUGAUUUUUUGGGAUAAUCUCAAACAUGUAAGUGUGACAAGCAUACAAAAAAUAGGACGUCAGGAAAGUGCCAAACACCUUUCACACCACUGUAUGUAUUAAAUUACAUUUUUCUAUCAUCUGUAAUUCACUUUUUCUUUGUAAAACAUUUUUAUUUGUGCUUUUGUUUUUCAGACCAAAUGAUGUGCUUUUAAAAUUUACCAUUCAAGUAUUGUGAUACUCAAGGUGACAAGUUGUGUGUUUAAUAACCAAUUUAUUAUUAUUAAUUUUGCUAUUAGUUACCCAAUAACAACACAAGGUGUGACUUUCUGCAUUCAAUUGACAUGUGUGUUAAAUCGAUCAACAUUACUGCUGCAGAGGUUAAAGGCUGAGCUAAUUUUACAAAAUAGAUACUUGGCUUUGUUACUACUGGGACUCUGCAGACAGACUUUGGGACCUUUGAAUUAUUCACUCUCAAUAAACACACUGAACUUGGACAUUGUGUCUGCAUUUUGAGUCCAUUCAGGAAAAGAACUCAGACAUGACACAUUUAAAUAAUUGGCCUCCUUUUGUACUCAGUCAGAUAUUAAUACUAGCCAGAAGUUGACAAGAGGAUACAAAAAAUGCAUAAAAAUUAUGAAAAUUUUAACAGUAAAUUAAAUAACAAUGUGUCAUUUAUUCAUUGUCAAAGACAAUGUAUCAUUGCAUCUUAUGUUAUAGAAGGACCUAGCACUGUAGCAUCAUAUUAAAACAUAAUAAUCACAAUAUAAGAAAGGGAGCAAGAUCAGAAUAUGCUGGCGUGGAUUAUGCUUUAUUUUCUGAAAGGAGAAGCAUUAUUUUUAUCACUGUAAUGUAAGUAACAUUAUCAUGUUAUCUAUGUAUUGAUUCUCCUUGUAAAUGAAAGCUAACCAACCGUUUUGUGUUUGAAAUAAUCAAAAAGGGAAAAUUUU